UCCACUUGCAGAGGUAAAUUUGCAGCAGUGCGUCGCGCGGUACACAGAAAUUCCGGUGUACAUUUUGCGGCAAAGUUUCUGAAACGUCGCCGGCGCGCACAAUCCUCAGACAAGGAAAUCAAGCAUGAAAUCGCUGUGUUGAUGUUGUGCGAUGGCGCUGAUAACAUUGUCAAAUUAAAUGCUGUACACGAGACCCGUUCAGACACAGCGCUACUAUUGGAAUUAGCGACUGGUGGUGAAUUACAAACCUUUUUGGACAACGAGGAGUGCCUCAGUGAGGCUCAAGCACGCAUUUGUAUGCGCGAAGUACUUAAAGCGCUUCAGUUUUUACACAAACGUUCAAUUGCACACUUAGACCUGAAGCCCCAAAAUAUUUUACUCACCGGUGAACGCAUCGAAGACGGUUUGAAGUUAUGCGAUUUCGGUAUUUCACGUGUUGUUGCUGAAGGCACAAAUGUACGUGAGAUUGUUGGCACACCAGAUUAUGUCGCCCCAGAAGUUUUACAAUAUGAACCACUUUCACUGCUGACCGACAUUUGGUCAGUGGGCGUGUUAGCAUAUGUGCUGCUAUCGGGCUUUUCUCCAUUUGGCGGUGAAACGAAACAGGAAACAUUUUUAAAUAUAUCACAAUGUUCGCUGACAUUUCCGGAUAAACUAUUUGGUGGCGUGUCCGGAGCAGCAAUUGAUUUCAUACGCCGUUCAUUGCGAAUCAAGCCAAAUGAUCGCAUGACAGCUGCAGGAUGUCUCGAGCACAUUUGGUUAAAGGACGAAUGCUCCAUCGAUAGACAAUUGUUCAGCAAUAUAUCGAAAAAAUCUACCACAGAUGCAAGCGUCGACCUCGAUAUUGACUUAGAAGUUGAUGAAGACGAAGAGGAGGAGGAGGAGGAUGAAGAUGAAGAAGACGUUGAAGAUGAUGUUGAAAACAUUGAUGACGAGGAUGAUAUUUCGACAGAGGAAAACAAUGUUAGCAUUAAUGGUAUUAACAAUUUAGGGUCGUCCGAUACGGAAAUACUAGUAGACCAACGGCAGGUUAUCAGCAACAGUAAAAUGCACAAAAAUAGUAACGGUAGCAAUACAAAUGGCAUUAGCUAUAUACAUGCAAAUGGCACUAACGUUAACCAUUGUGAAACGAACUUAAAUGGUUCAACGAAAACUUCGACUGCAAUUCUAACCGUGCCAGCUACACGUGCUACAACCAUACCACUGUGCAGCAUGCAGCAAGCACAACAUCAGCAACAACAGUUACAUAUCGCUCGUCGUCAUUCUUCAGACUCAAAUAAAGAGAAUACUUUUCUGGCCACAAAGAAAAUAAUACCGGCGAACCUCAUAAAUGGUAGCAGUAAAUCACCCACAACCACUACAACAGCAACAAUAAUUAUUGAAUCAUCUGAUAAGCCUCCAUCAUUGCCAACAACAACAAACUCAACUGUAGUCACUACAAUUACACUGCCAAAUGGAAGCAGCAAAACCGAUAAAAAUGGUCAAGCACAAUGUUUAUUCCCGGAUGCACCAACAACACCUAAAGUCAUACGAAAAGCGCCAACGGCAGAUACGUCACCAACAUCAGUUAAAGCUUUAGUAAAAAAGUUUCAACUUGAAGGUAACAACUGUACUGAAAAGCCAACACUUCAUUUAAAAGAGGCGCAAGUUAAUCAUUACCAUCAAGCACAACAACAACAGCAACAACCACAGCCGCACCAACAUAUAAAUGGCAUCAGCACUGCAAAAUCAACAACAACAACAACUACGCCAACAUUAAACGGUAAAGCGACUGGCAACACAAAUUGUUUCAACACUCCCGAUAAACCUAUAGCACAUGAGCAUAAAAAAUCAUAUAGUCAUUCAAUUAGCAACAGCAGCAAUGGUCACAGCAGCACUAAUCAUAUGAAUAACGUUUAUAAUCGUCGCUUAUCAGAACCCAUAACCGGUGUGCAUAAAAAACUACCAGCAUCACCCAUAAGUUCAGCAACGUCUUCAUCGCCAAUAGCAUCAGCGACAGCUGUUGCCAGUUACAAAUCAACUUGUGUUUUCGAUCUCACAUGUAGUGGUAGCAACAGCAACAGUAGCACAAGCAACACAACGCCUACCGGAUGCAGGCAUUCGGGGGCAAUCACCACCAACGGCAACAGCAAUUCCACGACAGCCACUGCAAAUGGUAACAGCAGCAAUGCAGCAACAGCGCUAUUACUGACCAAUCAUCAACACCAAUUGCAUCACCACCAAGUACACCACCAUCACCAUCAUCAUCAUCAUGUUACCAAGAGUGCCGCAAACAAUUUAAGCUUAGAUCAAGGUAUCAUCUGUUAGCUAAGGGCCAGCAGGGCGCGAAGGAAUGCCAAAAGUUUCUUUCAUCGUUUUCUGUGUUGCAUGUAGUAUUGUGCUGAUGUGUAAGCGUUGUCCCGAAAAAUGCUGCUGACGAAGAAUAACAAUUUAAUUAAAUUGUAAAUUACUGCAUGCAAUAAGGAAGCCAAUAAGUAGCUAUGGACAAGUUUCAAAUGCUUUUAUUAGUUUAAUAGUGAGCUGGAGAUUUUUUUUAAUGUUCACAGUUUUAAUUUUGUUUAUU